CGAAUUGGGAAAAGGAAGCCGAUUUUGGUUCACUUGGAAUGUUGAAUCAAUACCCUCCACGACUCAACCCAUAGUAGCUGGUCAAUCUAGUUUAUCUUAUCCUCUAACUGGUCGCACUGGACACAUUCUCUUGAUUGAUCCUGUUUCCGCGGCUCGUGACGUUUUAGCCAAGUUCGUUGGUAAGGAACGAGUCGAAGCGUUUGGUACAGUGGAAGGAGGUAUUGUGUCCGCGAAAAUACGGAAAAAACAAAACGAUGUUUAUGACUAUGUGAUCUUUAAUGUUCUCGAAGAUAAUAUGGACGAUAUUAAAAGAGCGAUAAAAGAACUAGGAAUUAUAUGCGGAGAGGAUCAUUUACGCAUUGUACUAAUGAUCUUUUGGUCGUCUGAGGGGCAACGAAUGGCGAAAGAAAUUGAAGAGCAAGCUAUCAUACUACGAAAACCGGUGACGCCAAAACGACUGUUAAAUUGUUUAUGCCGCAGAGAAACCUAUAAAUCGAUACCCGAUGAAAAUAGAGAUGUCACCAAAUCAUUGAUAGAUCUAAGUGGAGAAAAAAAUCGACAUUCACUACAUAUCAAUAUGUCAAUUGAUGAUGAAUUAUCUAGCAAUAAAAACCACGAUAAGGAUCCGCUAAAAAGAGCGAAUUUAAAAAGAACAUGCCCCGAGGAUGAGGACACACAAAUUUCUGAUGGGGAUCGCAAGUUAAAGUCACGAACGCGUUUUAAUUCUAAAUCAAAAUGUAUACUGUGUGUGGAAGAUAACCCCAUAAACUUAAAGGUCAUACAACAUCAACUUAUGAGACUUGG